AUGUCGGGCUCGUCCGCGGCAGGGGAGGACAUAGUGCAGCACCUAUCGUCCAAUUCCAACCCGUCUUCGUCGAAGCUUGCCAAGCUCGAGGCCCGCAUGGCCGGCAAGGCUGUCUCCGCGCCAUCGUCACCGCCGCACCAUCCCAUGGCUGCCCCCGCCUCCGCCCCCGCCAUAUCCUUCAUGGACCAGGAGGAGCUGCCUGAGACUUCCUCUUCCGAUGAUGAUAACUGCGAGGAGUUUUUGAUACAAAAGAAUACCCUGAAGCGGCCGAGAUCUCCAGAUGGUGACAGCAUCCUUGCUCUUGGAAAUUUUGAGGGUUCGGCAAACGAGGCAGCAAAGAUUUUAGAUGUCACGGAUACAAGACCAUCCUUGGACAAUUCAAAUAGGAAAAAACAAGGCCGUGGAAGGGGUCGUGCUGGUACAGGCCGAGGCCGUGGCUCAAAGACUGCUGAUCAGACACGACUGACUUCGACUUCCUCAGCAGUUGUAACAAAUGGUCAACUAGAUAAAUUAACCAACAAGGAAUCCCGAUCGAGUGUUCAACUGGGCCAUGACGACAGGGCUGCUUUACAGGAAGAAUUGUCAAUGUUACGUGGCAAAGUUGCAUUUUUGGAGGAGGAACUUUCUAAAUCACGUCAAGAAGCAACAACUUACCAUCAACUUAGUGAUAGGUUAGCAAAGGAAUUGAAGGAUCUCAAAGAUCAUGACCAUCAAAUGAGAUCUAAGCAAAUGAAGGUCCUGUCUGAUCUGCUGAUAGCUGUGUCGAAAGCAGAGAGGCAAGAAGCGCGAAUGAGGAUAAGGCAGGAAUCUUUCAGACUUGGGAAUGUUGGUGUUAUGAGAGCUGGGACUAUCAUAUCUGAAACUUGGGAAGACGGACAGGCAAUAAAAGAUCUUACUUCUCACCUGAAAUCUUUACUUGAAACUAAGGAGACUGUUGAAAGGCAUCGUAAAUCACUUAAGAAAAGACAAUCUGACAAGGGUGAUGGCAGUGAUGCUGAGACUAGCAUGUCUGAGGAGGACAUCCUCUUACAGGACGAAAUAUGUAAAUCUCGUCUAACCAGUAUCAAACGGGAGGAAGAACAGUAUAUGAGAGAGAGAGAUCGGUAUGAGUUGGAAAAGGGGAGGCUUAUACGAGAGAUGAAGCGUCUCAGAGAUGAAGAUGGCUCACGCUUUAACAACUUCCAAAUUCUUCACCAUCGUUAUGCUCUGUUAAAUCUUCUAGGAAAGGGAGGGUUCAGUGAGGUUUACAAGGCUUUUGAUUUGGUGGAGUACAAGUAUGUGGCAUGCAAGCUUCAUGGAUUGAAUGCUCAAUGGAGUGAGGAGAAAAAACAGAGCUACAUACGUCAUGCGAUUCGUGAAUAUAACAUUCACAAAACUUUGGUGCAUCCAAACAUUGUCAGGCUAUGGGAUAUAUUUGAGAUUGAUCACAAUACAUUCUGCACUGUCCUAGAAUAUUGCAGUGGCAAGGAUCUUGAUGCAGUCCUUAAAGCUACACCAAUUCUUCCAGAAAAAGAAGCAAGAAUCAUAAUUGUUCAAAUAUUUCAGGGCCUGGUUUAUCUAAACAAGAGGGGCCAAAAGAUCAUUCACUACGAUCUAAAACCUGGCAAUGUUCUCUUUGAUGAGGUUGGUGUUGCAAAAGUUACAGACUUUGGCCUCAGCAAGAUUGUGGAGGAUGAUGUUGGGUCUCAGGGAAUGGAACUCACUUCUCAGGGAGCUGGAACCUAUUGGUAUCUUCCUCCAGAAUGCUUUGACCUCAGCAAAACACCAUUUAUUUCAUCUAAGGUGGAUGUUUGGUCAGCUGGUGUAAUGUUUUACCAGAUGCUCUUUGGAAGGCGUCCUUUUGGUCAUGAUCAGACUCAGGAGAGAAUACUUCGGGAAGAUACAAUUAUCAAUGCACGGAGAGUGGAGUUCCCUUCAAAGCCAGCUGUAUCGAAUGAGGCAAAGCUUGCCCUGAGAAUUUGCUGA